AUAUUGUUAUUUUAUGUAUGUUCGCAGCCACCAAGACCACCGGAGAAGCUACAAAGCUGAAAAAUUCUUCUGAGAAUUUGGAUACGAUAAGUUCACAGCUACCAUGCCGGCUUCGGUAGGACGAAUAUCUAUGUGCGUUGUGUGUACCGUCUUCUGCUGCACAUUGGUGGUCUCUGAGAUCGUCCACAACCCCAUCAGACACAGACAGAUCAGCCGGUAUGAGGGCCACAGGGCGCAGAAACCGCCGCCGCACGCAGCCCCCGAGCCGCGCGCUGACAAGUUGGAGAUGAAGAACAACCUACGUGUGGAGAACCUGACCUCUUCACAGAUUACAGCAACGUCUGUUCGACUUCGCUGGGAUGUCAGUGGGAACGAAAGCUUCCCAGGCUAUCGGAUAGAACAUGAGAUGAUGGACAGUGAGACAGUCAGGGUGAGAACCAGCGAUAUUUACGGGGAAUUCCGCAGCUAUACACUCAAAGGACUCUAUCCAAAAACAAGAUACCGUGUGUGCGUCAUGCCGCUCAUGUACAGUGCAGUGGGCCUGUCCUCUCCUAUCGUUAUUCACAAACGGAAGCAGUGCGUGGUGAUCCAGACAAAAGAUGAGACACAGGACAACCAGGAAAUGUACAUCCAAAUAGGCAUGGGCUGUGCAGCUGGGUCUUGUGCGUGGUCCGCGGCAGGGGUCAAGGGUCAAGCUAAGCACUCUGGGAGGCAUCUUGCAAAUUUUGACCAAGAUUUUGGACCAUGGGAGACACAAGAGGAAGAUGAUGAGAACAAUGACUUGUAUAUCGUAUUGGGUACAGGUUCUGCAAUAGGUUUGCUCUUCCUGCUCGUGCUGUGCGCUAUCUUCUGUAAGUGGGACAAGGACCUUGGCAAGGGCGGCAUUAAAGUACCAAGGUUCCAUCCAAAGAAGCUCAAUAAGCGCAAGAAGUCCAAGAAGCGCACUGGAUCCCAGGAGGAACUCGCGCGAACGCCUGGAUCUCACCAUGGAUCCCAGAACCUGUAACCACUUGUGUAAAAAUCCACCGACACCAAAGGAGGUCAUUUCAGUUGUCAUGCUGUACUGGACUUUCAUAUCUCAUACACAUUGAAGUACAGGUAGUUUCCACAAUACCUGAUUUAAUUUAACACAUCACAGGGCCCUAUUUUCACAUGAAUGUACCUAGAAACAAGUUCUCAUUUUUUAAAAUAUUACAAGUCAGGUGACUUAUCCCCCCCCCCAUCACAUUACAUUCUUAUCAAUUGUAAUGAAUGUAUAUGGGGCCGUGUUUGACCAUGAUACAAUUGCAAUGAAAUGUUUUAUUCUAAGUGGCAUUAUUACAUGUAUCAUUCAAAUACAUGUCUUCUGUGCCCCUUUGAAAGCUCUAAGAGCAUAUUUAAUGUUCAUAUCAGAGAUAGUGUAUGGUUAUGAGAUUUUCUUCAUUUGUGUACCUUGUUUAUCUACACUAUUGCCAUCCAAUGGCCAUUUUUAAGGAGUGUUACAUGUGGAAUUCCAUUCUGGUGGCCUAACAAAUUAAUGAUUAUGAGUGAAAGUGACUAGACUUCCACUAUUUCACAAGGUGUCGUAGUAACAAUGAUUUGCCCAUGACUACAAUGUUUACAGUAUUGGAGAGGCUAGCCUUUCAAUCCCAGAGCAAUAGGAGCAAUCCACUGUGAAUGUGUAACUCAAUGAAAAAUCUAAAAUUAUAAAAUAUGAUUCUAUAGCAUGAAAUAGUCUGCAUACCAUGAAGAACACGGGAAGAGUGAGCACAGACUUUGCAAACAAAACUUUGCAUCAAUCUAUACUAGAUGAUAUAAGGUAUAACAAAUGAGAUAACAUAACACCUAAAAUUCUAUCAUAAAGUAAUAAAUAUGAAUACAAAUAGUUAAUUGAAUGUACAUUGCUUUGCUAGGUAUAUAUGUAAAAAAAGUGCAAUGUUCAUUAUUGUACAUGUAUUUCAAUAUUACAUGUACUUUAGUUAGAGCACUCCUGUAUAUGUGAAGCAUGUGUCCAGAGCAUGUCUGGAGAACAAUAAGGUCAUCAUGUUGUGAUGCAUUUGUCUGCAUGUAGGUUAAGGAUAGUUACCAGUCAUACAUGUACUUAAUUCAACAAUAUCAGUCCUACAGAGGCUGCAGUAAGAAAAAACCAUUGGUCAACUUGAACUUACACUAUAUUGUUGCUAAGAGCAAAUAAGGAAAUCCAUUCAUAGAAAGAGAUAUAAUACUACAAGCUUUAGUCAAGAUGUGCCUCUAUGGAGGUGUGAAAAUCCUUGCAAAGGCCCAGUCAGAUACAUUACUACAUAUUAUCAAGGAUACAUGUAGCACUACUACUAGAUGAAAUUUGCAAUAAAACAAAUACCUAGCACCAUAA